AUGGCUCUUAAGUACUACUCCUUCCCUCUCCUUUUAUUUGUAACUCUCUUUUCUCUUCUGAUUACCUCUUGCUCAUGCUUCCAUCCCAAGCGUCUUAAUGUAUCCAAAAUCCAAUCUAAUUCCGGUUGGUCUCUGGCUGGUGCAACAUGGUAUGGUAGCUCUAAUGGUGCUGGAAGCGAUGGUGGGGCGUGUGGAUAUGGCAAUGCUGUGGAGCAACCCCCAUUCUCUUCCUUAAUAUCUAGUGGUGGACCUUCUUUGUUCCAAUCAGGCAAAGGGUGUGGAGCUUGCUAUGAGGUAAAAUGCAGAAGCAAUAAAGCAUGCUCUGGGGCUCCCGUAAAGGUAGUGAUAACAGAUUCAUGCCCUGGUUGCGUCUCAGAGUCUGUUCAUUUUGAUUUAAGUGGCACUGCUUUCGGAGCCAUGGCUAAAUCCGCCCAUGCAGAUCAACUGCGUAACGCUGGACUCUUACAAAUUCAAUAUAGAAGAGUACAGUGCCACUAUCCCGGAGUUUCCAUAGCCUUCCAUGUGGAUGCUGGCUCCAACCCUAAUUACUUUGCUUCAGUAAUUGAGUUCCAAGCCGGAGAUGGUAACCUAGCCAAAGUUGAUCUCAAGCAGGCUGACUCGGACUCGUGGCUGCCCAUGCAGCAAUCUUGGGGUGCAGUCUGGAAACUUGACCCGGGUUCCACGUUGAGACCGCCAUUCUCUAUCAAGCUCACUUCAAACGAGUCCGGGAAGAACUUGGUGGCAAACAAUGUGAUACCGGCGGUUUGGCAGCCAGGAAAAACCUAUAUAUCACGAAUCAAUUUUAAUGGUUAG